AUGGAAAAGGUAUACACUUUGAUUGUUUUCUUCCUGCUGCUGAGACUUUCUUUCAUCUUGUGCAGUUUUCCUGAAGCCAGUUGCUUUUGGAGAAUAAAUCACAAUGAAAAUCUUGAGGGCAACACGAGGAAGGACUGUGGUUUCAUCCUUUUCAGAGUACCUGGACAUCUAGUGGAAGAUUACUUCAGGGUGCUGCUGGAUUUUCUUUUGCCAGUGAAAACAUACCAGUAUGUUCUGGUAAUGCUUUUUGCCAUAGAAGAGAUCAACAAGAACCCUAAUCUUUUACCCAACUCUACCUUGGGAUUUACCUUUCUUGGUGACCAGUGUGAUAUUACAUCAACACAUCUCAAUAACCUAAAUAUUUUCUCAAAAUCUGGAGAGAUGAUUCCUAACUACAUCUGUGAACAUAGUCACUGUGAUGUAGCACUAACAGGACCAACAUGGACAGCUUCUGCCAGAGUGGGGGCAAUCCUGCAGCUCUUCAAAAUCUCACAGGUUACAUAUGGACCAUUUCAUGGUAGUCUGAGUGAUCGUGAUAUGUUUCCUCAUCUAUAUCAGAUCGCCCCAAAGGACACAAGCCUAGUUCUUGCCAUGGUAUCCUUGAUGAUUCAUUUCAGCUGGCAAUGGGUGGGGCUGGUUAUUUUAGAUGAUGACCAGGGUGCUCAGUUUCUCUCAGAUAUGAAAGGAGAAAUGAGGAGCAAAGAAUUCUGUUUAGCUUUUGUGAACGUGAUCCCAGUAAACAUACAGUUAUACGUAGAAAGGGCAGAGACUUACUAUUAUCAAAUAAUGACAUCAUCAGCAAAUGUUGUCAUCAUUUAUGGUGACAACAACUCUACUCUAGAAGUGAGCUAUAGAAGAUGGGAAGCUUUAGGCAUACGGAGAUUAUGGGUCACCACCUCACAAUGGGAUCUCAUCUCAAGAUCAAGAGAUUUCACCACUGACUCUUUCCAUGGGACUUUGUCUUUGUCACACCAUUAUCAAGAGAUUUCUACUUUUAAACAUUUUAUCCAGAGAACAAACUUUUCUGCUUACCCAGAAGAUGUUUCUCUGGUGAGAUUGGGAUGGAUGUAUUUUAACUGUUCAGUAUCUGUAUCUGACUGUAAAGCACUGACUCAUUGCUCAUCUAAUACCACAUUGGAAUGGUUACCACGGCACAGUUUUGACAUGGCCAUGAAUGAUGAGCGUUACAACAUCUAUAAUGCUGUGUAUGCUGUGGCCCAUGCUUUUCACAACAUGCUUCUUCAACAAGUAGAUAGUCAAGUACUGGAAAGUUGGAAAGGACUAAUACCUAGAUGUAUGCAGGUAAAUGCUUUUCUGAAGAAUAUAAGAUUUAUUAAUCCUGUAGGAGACCCAGUGAAUAUUAAUCAAGAAGAAAAUUUAGAUGCAAUAUAUGACAUUCUCAAUGUUCUAAAUUUUCCACAAGGUCAUGUACUAAAGGUGAAAGUAGGAGAGUUUUCUCCUUAUUUGGCACAUGAUCAGCAACUGUUCUUAUCUGAAGACAUGAUAGAGUGGGCCACAGGAAGUAGACAGUUUUCCACUUCUGUGUGCAGUAUGCCUUGCCGUCCUGGUUUCAAGAAAUCCCAUCAAGAAGGAAAAGCAGACUGCUGUUUUGAUUGUUCCCGAUGUCCUGCCAAUGAGAUUUCCAACACCACAGACACAGAAGAAUGUGUGAAGUGUCCAGAUGAUUGGUAUGCCAACACAGAGCAAGCCUACUGCCUGCCAAAAGCCGUGUCAUUUCUGGCUUAUGAAGAUCCUUUGGGGAUGGCUCUUGUCUGUCUGGCCCUGUGCUUCUCUGCACUUACAGCCCUUGUCCUUGGGGUCUUUGUGAAGUACAGAGAAACUCCCAUUGUGAAGGCUAAUAACCGUACUCUCAGCUACAUUCUACUAACAUCCCUGACAUCUUGCUUUCUCUGCUCCUUGCUCUUCAUCGGAAAUCCCAGUACUACAACAUGUAUCCUACAGCAGACUAUAUUUGGAAUUCUGUUCACUGUGUCAGUGUCCACAGUCUUGGCCAAAACUAUUACUGUGGUGCUGGCCUUCAGGAUCACUGUCCCAAGCGAAAGAAUGAGGGGAUUGCUGGUAUCAAGGACACCUAAAUACAUCAUUCCCAUCUGCACAGUUGUCCAAAUAAUUUUCUAUGGAAUAUGGCUAUGGACAUCACCUCCCUUUGUUGACAUUGAUGCACACUCUGAACAUGGCUACAUUACUGUCACGUGCAGCAAAGGCUCAGUUACAGCCUUCUAUUGUGUUCUUGGAUACCUCGGAUCUCUGGCCCUAGCAAGCUUCACAGUGGCUUUCUUGGCCAGGAAUCUGCCUGACACAUUCAAUGAAGCCAAAUUUCUGACAUUCAGCAUGCUGGUGUUCUGCAGUGUCUGGGUUACUUUCCUUCCUGUCUACCACAGCUCCAAGGGGAAAGUCAUGGUAGCAGUUGAAGUGUUUUCUAUUCUGGCCUCCAGUGUGGGCCUGCUAGGAUGUAUCUUUAUCCCAAAAUGCUACAUUAUUUUGUUAAGACCAGACAGGAACUCAAUUCAAAAGUUCAGAGAUAAAACACACUCUUGA